UUUCUACAGCAUCACACACAGUCACAGUAAUUAUUUACGCAUUCAUAACAUAAUGGCAUCUAUAAUUUUCCCAGUUUCAACUUUGAUCAACUUUCAGAGAUUCACCACAUGCAAGCCCAAAGCUGCGACAGCCUGCAAGUCUGUUAUCACAUCUGCCGCUGAAACAACUAAGCUUCCUGUUCCAGCAGAGCCUAUUGUCAGGCGAUCAGCAAACUACAAACCUUGUCUGUAUGACAACAAUUUCCUCCAGUCUAUGAAAACUGAAUUCAAGGGUGAAGCUGUCGAUGCACGAGCUUCUGAAUUGAAGGAAGAGGUGAGGAUGAUAUUUAAUAAUGUGGCCGGGCCGUUGGAGCAGCUUGAGCUCAUUGAUCAGUUGCAGAGAGUUGGGGUAGAUUAUCAUUAUCGUGAUGAAAUCAACCGUGCAUUGAAGAGCAUUCAUCAGAAUGCUGAGACUUGGGAAAAGGAUUUGCAUGCAACUGCUCUUGAAUUUAGGCUUCUAAGACAACAUGGGCAUUAUAUAUCCCCGGAGGGAUUCAACAAAUUUACUGAAAACGGGAGCUUCAACAAAAGUAUUCAUUCAGAUGUCCGGGGACUGUUAAGUUUAUAUGAAGCCUCAUACUUUUCUAUUCAAGGAGAGUCCCUGAUGGAGGAGGCUUGGUCCUUUACAAGUAAAUUACUUAAAGACUGCCUCAAAAAUAUUAAUGAUUUGAAUCUCCAGAUGCAAGUGAGACAUGCUUUGGAGCUUCCACUACAGUGGAGGAUCCCCAGAUUUGACGUGAAAUGGAAUAUAGAUAUGUAUCAAAGAAGUGGUCACGUUGUCGUCCCUGCAGUACUUCUGGAAUUUGCGAAGUUGGACUUCAACAUUAGGCAAGCGUCGAACCAAGAAGAGCUUAAGGAUUUAUCAAGGUGGUGGAGUCGAUUAGACAUGGGAGAGAAACUUCCCUUUGCCAGAGAUAGGUUGGUGAUGUCUUAUCUCUGGAGUUUGGCAAUUGCAGGCGAGCCUCAUCACAAAUAUGGCAGAGAAGUUCUAACUAAAAUAAUCGAGCUUAUUGGUGUAUAUGAUGACGUUUAUGAUAUUUAUGGUACCCUGGAUGAACUUGAACUCUUUACAGAUGUUACCAAGAGGUGGGAUGUAAAUGCAUUGAACGAGCUCCCAGACUAUAUGAAGUUGUGCUUUCUGUCACUGAACAACCUGGUGAAUGAUACGACUUACGACAUCCUCAAAGACCAGAACGUUGAUGUCCUAACAAAUCAAAGAAAAUGGUACAAUGAUUUAUUCGAGCGUUACAUAGUGGAGGCCAGGUGGUAUUACACUGGAUACCAGCCAACACUAGAGGAGUAUCUGAGAAAUGGAUUUGUGUCAAUCGGAGGUCCUGCUGUAAUGCUCUAUGCUUACAUCGGCACCGCGGAUCCGAUCAGGAAAGAAGAAUUAGAGUUCAUCGAGGACUUUCCUGACAUAGUACGAUUGGCAUGUGAAGUUUUUCGAUUAAGUGAUGAUUAUGGAACAACUUCGGAUGAGCAAGCGAGAGGAGAUGUUCCGUCAUCAGUAAUGUGCUACAUGUCGGAUGCUGGUGUUUCAGAAGAAGUUUCUCGUGAGCACAUUAUGAAUUUAAUCAGGGAGAAAUGGUCGCAAAUUAACAAACUCCGAUUUUCGGAGAAGGGUAAUGGUCCUUUAUCUUGGCGUUUUGUUGAUACUAUGCUGAAUCUAGUCAGGUCAGGCCAUUGUUUGUAUAAUGCCGGAGAGGAUGGUUUUAGUGUUGAAGAUGUUGUUGCUAAAGAAUCAUUGGUUUCUCUUCUUGUUGAGCCCAUCCCUCUCUGAGAAAUUAGCGCUUAUAUAAGCCAAGACAGGAGAGCUUGCCAUUAUCUAUUUAUAGUUCUGGGUUUUCCUUGUGUGCUUCUAAAUAGGUGUGCCUAAGAGGGAACACCAUAGAUAAGUUUGUCUCCAUGGAAAAUGUGAGUUUUGAUUUUCGUAAGAGUGCUUAGGCACCUUGAGCGGUGCCAUCUUUUUUACUAAUGUCGUUGCCUUACAAUAAAUAUGAAAAAUAAACAAUUUUAUGUUA